AUGUCGUUGAAAUACUUCAAGUAUUUGAAUCAUGCAUACGUUUCGAUGACACAAGAGGAUCGACUUGAUCGACUUGCAAGAGAUAAGCUCGCUGCGAUUCGUAAUGUUUUCGACAAAUGGAAUAAAAAUUUGCGAACAAUGUAUGUGGUUGGCGAUUGCGUUACUGUCGACGAACCAUUGAUUCCGUUUCGUGGCAAAUCACCGUUCACACAAUACAUCCCAUCUAAACCGUACAAAUAUGGCAUAAAAGCAUGGGCGUUAUGUGACUCGCGUACAUUUUAUGCAUACAACAUGCAAAUCUACACCGGACGUGAUCGAAAUUGCGCGCCAGAAACAAAGCAAGGCAAACGUGUUGUUUUGGAACUUACAGAUGAAUUGUCUGGCCGUAAUGUCACAUGUGACAAUUUUUUCACCUCGUACGAGUUGGCCAAAGAGCUGAAACAACGCAAGAUGACGAUCGUUGGAAGGAAGAACCGCAAAGAAAUACCACCGAUUCUAUUGGACAUGAAGCGAAAGCCACAAUACCAUUCAGAUGGUGUGGAUGUUUUGGAUGAAAGGGUUGGCACAUAUAGGUGCAAGCGCAAGGUAAAUCGCUGGCCAAUGGCUAUUUUUGAGAAUAUGUUGGAUGUUUCGGUAUUCAACGCCUUCGUCAUAUUUACUGAACUCAAUCCCGAAUGGAAAGAAAGAGAGAAAAAAUAUCGUCGUCGCCUCUUUAUCAUUGAUGUUGCCGAAGAUUUGGUUAUGCCGUAUAUCGAGGUACGAAAGCGAACACCACGAUCUGAGCACGCAAAUGCCGUUGUACAGAUGAUUAGAGGUGUUCCCAAGCGAUCCUUCCAGUUCAAGAGCAAGUGGUCGCCACCAAUAAGAAGAACUCCAAACACUCCAUGGACAAAAAGUGACGAAGAAAAAGCUCAACUAUUUGCUGAACAUCUUGAAUCUGUAUUUCAGCCUUCGGACAACUCAGAUGAUUCUGAAAUUGAUAAUAUACAGUAG